CAGGAAUGGCGUGACGAAUUCCUGCAGUGGAGUCCGGACCAAUAUGGCGGUAUUGACGAACUCAUCCUGUUCCAAAAGGACGUCUGGCUGCCAGAUAUUUUCGUGGAGAACACGUGAGCGAUUCUUUGUUAUCUGUAGACACAAAAUUGUCCCUCUUAAUUUGUCCUGCAAUAAUAGUGCUGUACACAUACACACGCGAACAUUGUCCCAGGGCACCUCUGUUUACAGGCUUAUUUGUUUGCUCGCAUAUUGUUAUGACGCAAAGCUUUUGUACAAGGGUCCGGUUCAGGUACAGGCAUAGACAGGGUCUGUCUCAGGUGCAGGGAUUGACAGCGUCUGUCACAGGUGCAGGGAUUGACAGGGUCUGUCUCAGGUGCAGGGAUUGACAGGGUCUGUCUCAGGUGCAGGCAUAGACAGGAUCUGUCUCAGGUGCAGGGAUUGACAGGGUCUGUCUCAGGUGCAGGGAUAGACAGGGUCUGUCUCAGGUGCAGGCAUAGACAGGGCUGCGUCAGGGACAGACAUAGAAAAGGUCUGCCUCAGGUACAGGCAUAUACAGGGUCUGCCUCAGGUACAUGCAUAGGCAGGGUCUGCUUCGGUUUCUGCCUCAGGUACAGGCAAAGACAGGACCAGCCUCGGGUACAGACAUAGGCAGGGUCUACUAUUUCAAACACAUAUGGUGUUCUACUAUUUCCUUCACAUAUCUUGUUUCACUAUUUCCUAUACAUCGGUUGUUCCACUAUUUCCCUAUGCAUAUAUGUUUGUACUAUUUCGUUCAUUGAGUAUCCUGGCAACAAAUAGCGUCAUUUCUUGCUAAUCAGUUUGUAUAAUAAUUAUAACACCUUUGCUUACGAGGAAUUUCUCAAGCAUGACAUUUUUUUAACAUUAUUUAUAUGUAUAUUUUGGAUAAAAUGAGGCUUCCUUCAAAUGCUUUAACAAUUAGAGAGUGCGGGAAAUGUAUGUGUGUGUGUGUGUGUGUGUGUGUGUAUGUGGGGGUGGGGGUUGAUUUGAAACUGGAAGAAAUAAGAUCGUUGUCACAAAAAGAAGUUGAGAUUGUGACGCCAUCAUAUCACAUUUUAUUUUUGUCAUGUUCAUUAUCACCGGUUUCGAUUUAAUUCGAUUUUUAAACUCAUUGUUUUAAAUGUGAUUUCAUGAACUUGUUCCAUAAAAACAAGUUUUAAUUCAAUUAAUUGUCUGAAGAACCACUGGUAUUUUGGAUAGAACAAGGACAGAUUAUAUAAUCUUUCAGACAGUCAAUGUCCAGUGUGUUUCGACAAUGCAUUCCUUGUCUUGUCCGAUGCAACAAAAUGUAUCUUAACAAACCCAAGCUUUCUAUAAGUAGAGUUUAAAAACGACUGACUUUCUAUAGUAGAAGUGAAUGUAAAACUACCGACUGUCUAUAGUAGAAGUGAAUUUAACAACUACUGACUUUCUAGAGUAUAUUAAAUUUUGCGUUAAAAAGUGAGAGAAGAGAGGUUUGGUGGUUCACAGUUUGGGAACCCACUGCCGGGAACCCACUGCCGGAAAACCACUACCGGGAACCCACUGCCAGGUACACACUGCUGGGAACCCACUGCCAGGGACCCACUGCCUUAGCCUAAUGAUGCUAUUUGUAAGGCUGUUGAUGUAGCUGAUGUUCCAAAUAAAUUGUCCAUUCUAAAGUUGAACCCAGAGGAUGAGCCAUUCAGGCACGGCGUCGAGCGUCUUAGUUAAGUCGGCGAGGAAUCGAUUACUUCAACUAAAAACAUCCACGAAUACAAUCUAGUGCUGAUUUUAGCGUUAGAUUCGGAGCAAGAUUCUAUGAUAUCGAUACUGAUAUUUGUUGUUGUGACAUAAUCUUCUCUUAACAAGCGUGUUUUUUUUUAAAUAAAAGGAGUUGAGUCAGUCAGACACCUUCAGAUGUUAGGAUGAGUCAGUAAGACACCUUUAGAUGUUAGGAUAAGUCAUUCAGACACCUUUAGAUGGUAGGAUCAGUCAGUCAGACACCUUUAGAUGUUAGGAUAAGUCAGUCAGACACCUUUAGAUGUUAGGAUGAGUCAGUCAGACACCUUUAGAUGUUAGGAUAAGUCAGUCAGACACAUUUAGAUGUUAGGAUGAGUCACUCAGACAGCAUUAGAUGUUAGGAUAAGUCAGUCAGACACCUUUAGAUGUUAGGAUGAGUCAGUCAGACACCUUUAGAUGUUAGGAUGAGUCAGUCAGACAAAUUUAGAUGUUAGGAUGAGUCAGUCAGGCACCUUUAGAUGUUAGGAUGAGUCAGUCAGACACCUUUAGAUGUUAGGAUGAGUCACUCAGACACCUUUAGAUGUUAGGAUGAGUCAGUCAGACACAUUUAGAUGUUAGGAUGAGUCAGUCAGACAGCAUUAGAUGUUCCAUCAUCAUGUUAUUAAAUAAUGAAUAAUGAUAUCUUAAGGUCCACCAUCAUUUUACCCAUUCGUUCGCCAACAUAGGCCCCAUUGACAUCAUAGUCUUUAUUGGCCGCCAUCAUAGUACCUAUUGUUCCGCUAUCAUAGUGCCUAUUGGCCCACCAUCAUAGUACCUAUUGGCCCACCAUCAUCGUACCUAUUGCCCCGCCAUCAUAGUACCUAUUGUUCCGCUAUCAUAGUGCCUAUUGGCCCACCAUCAUAGUACCUAUUGGCCCGCCAUCAUAGUACCUAUUGGCCCGCCAUCAUAGUACCUAUUGUUCCGCUAUCAUAGUGCCUAUUGCCCCGCCAUCAUAGUACCUAUUGGACCGCCAUCAUAGUACCUAUUGCCCCGCCAUCAUAGUACCUAUUGGACCGCCAUCAUAGUACCUAUUGGACCGCCAUCAUAGUACCUAUUGGCCCACCAUCAUAGUACCUAUUGUUCCGCUAUCAUAGUGCCUAUUGGCCCACCAUCAUAGUACCUAUUGGCCCACCAUCAUAGUACCUAUUGGCCCGCCAUCUUAGUACCUAUUGUUCCGCCAUCAUAGUGCCUAUUGCCCCGCUAUCAUAGUACCUAUUGGACCGCCAUCAUAGUACCUAUUGGACCGCCAUCAUAGUACCUAUUGGACCGCCAUCAUAGUACCUAUUGGCCCACCAUUAUAGUACAUAUUGUUCCGCUAUCAUAGUGCCUAUUGGCCCACCAUCAUAGUACCUAUUGGCCCACCAUCAUAGUACCUAUUGCCCCGCCAUCAUAGUACCUAUUGGACCGCCAUCAUAGUACCUAUUGCCCCGCCAUCAUAGUACCUAUUGGUCCGCCAUCAUAGUACCUAUUGGCCUGCCAUCAUAGUGCCUAUUGGCCCGCCAUCAUAGUACCUAUUGGUCCGCCAUCAUAGUGCCUAUUGGCCCGCCAUCAUAGUACCUAUUUAGUCCGAAAUCAUGUUAUCAAUUGGUGCGCUGUCAUGUUAUCUAUUGGUUAUCCACCAUUAGUAUCUACCAUCGUUAUGUAAGAAAGGUUCUCACAAUGUUGAUAGCUAAAGAAUAACAUUUUAACAUAAAAUAAUGUGAAGGAAAGAUGUACAAGUGAAGUUAUCAUACAACAGAGACGUGAAGAGAUAACACAACAGAGAAGCGCAGAGAUAAUAUAACUGAUAAAUGGAGAAUAACAUAACAGAGACUGGAGAGAUAACACAACAGAUACGUGGAGAGAUAACGCAACAGAGAAGUGCAGACAUAAUACAAAAUAGAAGUAAAAGAAAUAACACAAAAGAGAAGUGGAGAGAUAACACAAUAGAAACGUGAAGUUACUACACAAAAGAGAGAUGAAGAGAUUACUCAAAAGAGAAGUGAAGAGAUUACACAAAAGAGAAGGGAAGUUAUAACACGCCAGAAAAGUGAAGAGAUUACAAGACAGAGAAGUGAAGAGAUUACACGACAGAGAAGUGAAGAGAUUACACGACAUAGAAGUGAAAAGAUUACACGACAGAGAAGUGAAGAGAUUACACGAUAUAGAAGUGAAGAGAUUACACGACAUAGAAGUGAAGAGAUUACACGACAGAGAAGUGAAGAGAUUACACGACAUAGAAGUGAAGAGAUUACACGACAUAGAAGUGAAGAGAUUACACGACAGAGAUGAAGAAAUGACACAACAGAGGAGUGAAGCGAUUACACCACUGUGAAUCUUGGAGAAAGCUGGUCCCGGCUCAGCGUUGCCUGACGUAAGGAAACUAAUUAAAAACAGGGAGACAUUCAUGCGUCUAUAAUUGACUCGACUGGCCACUCACUGACCACCAGGCUAGUUGUUGGAUUUCGAUGUUACGAUGUGAGGGGGAUACUAGGCAUUCCAUCGGACGGGUUUAAUGUGUGAAAGAUACACUAACCUUUAGGUUGCCCCUUUGUGGGGACUAGGUGGGUGUGCUGCCCAAUGUCGAGUUUGCACUUGGCAUGUUGCCCAAUGUCGAGUUUGCACUUGCCAUUUUGCCCAAUGUUGGAGUUUAAAUUGACAUCUUGUAGAUCAGUGGUUCUCAAUCUUCAUAACGCCACGACCCUUUAGUACAGUUCCUCGUGGUUUGGUGAACCCAAAACCAAUACAUCAUUUCGUUGCAACUUCAUUAAUAUGUUUUUCAGAUGGUCUAAGGCGACCCCUGUGUAAGGGUCGUUCGACCGCUAAAGGGGUCGCGACAAACAGGUUUAGAACCGCUUUUGUGGACAAAGGUUUAUCCUAGGGUGUGACUAGUUCUAAAAACAGAGAAUUUGCCUGGUCGAGUUAAACACAGAGUAAUUCACACAAAUGAAUAAAAAUAAAAAAGAAAGAGGGAUUAUACUGACAGAUGGAACACAAAAUGGCAGGAUGAUUAUACUGACAGGUGGAACACAAAAUGGCAGGACGAUUAUACUGAAAGGUCGAACACAAAAUGGCAGGAUGAUUAUACUGACAGGUCGAACACAAAAUGGCAGGAUGAUUAUACUGACAGAUGGAACAAAAAAUGGCAGGAUGAUUAUACUGACAGAUGGAAGACGAAAUAACAGGGGGAUUAUACUGAUAAUUGAAAGACAAAAUGGCAUUUGGACAACACUAAAAGGGGACACCAAUGACAGGGGGAUAACUAAUGACAGGGGGACACCAAUGACAGACUGCUCACAUGUUGUCACCUGGCCACAAGAAUGAUAGUUAUCAAAUUUGAUAGUCAAUUAAAACAUUUAUUUCACUAUUUUGUAACUUGUCGACUAUUUAACCUUGUUCACCUUUGACCCCCUACAUCCGCCAUUGUUGGGCGUGGAGACAAAACAAGGGUGCAUACCCAAUUUUUGGGAUUGUACACCCGGGAUUUGUGUACAACUAAAGGUGUGGACCAAUUAAUUUGUUCCCCAUGCAGCAUGUCUGCAUAUCUUGGAGGUCCACUGACAUUUUAGCUAUCCUUAUGAGAGAUUCCUAAUAUCGUAAGCGACACACGUCAGCAGCUCAGAGGAAUUUCGUGGCCACGCCCCUCACCGCCACAACACCUUACCAUCAAAACACUUUACCACCUCAACACCAGCCACCCCACAACCGUUUCAUCACAUCACAGAUUCAUCAAUUCCUUCCCACAGAUACAUGACAUGGAAAUCAGCCCCAUACCCCGCCGCCUCAUUACCCCGCCACCUCAUUACCCCGCCGCCUCAUUACCCCGCCGCCUCAUUACCCCGCCGCCUCAUUACCCCGCCGCCUCAUUACCCCACCGCCUCAUUACCCCGCCGCCUCCUUACCCCGCCGNCUCAUUACCCCGCCGCCUCAUUACCCCGCCGCCUCAUUACCCCGCCGGCUCAUUACCCCGCCGGCUCAUUACCCCGCCGGCUCAUUACCCCGCCGCCUCAUUACCCCGCCGCCUCAUUACCCCGCCGCCUCAUUACCCCGCCGCCUCAUUACCCCGCUGGCUCAUUAUCCCGCCGCCUCAUAGAGGUGAUGUUGACGUUCCCAUCAUUCCCGUCUAAAAAGAAAGUUUCUCUUUAUGAUGUCAUUGCUGCUAAUGAUGAUCUCUUUCCUUUCUCCAUUUGCUGCCGACAUCGAUUGCUUCAGAUCGGCGAGGUACGGGGGCAGGGGCUGGUUGGGGCCCGGGGGAGGGUGAGGGGUGCUGGGGAUUUAAAGACAUGAUGGUUGGUUUUUAAUAAGAUGCAGACUACAAACAAUUUUUUUUAAGGGGAGGGGGUGGGGGUGGGUAGCAAUCCUCUUGAUAUAUUCAUGUAUAAUCUCUUUGAUAGCACUAGCGCUGAGACUGGGACUCCAGGGAGAUCUGACUUUCGUCAUUGCUCUCUGUGACAGUUCCCUUGUUUCUGGUAUAUGAUGAAUCAGAUAACGAUGUCAUGACAGUUCACCUAAGUGCAUCUAUCGUAUAUCGCGAAUUAACAUCAUGACAGACAAUAUUGUUUAUGUCUCCUUGGAAAUGUUGGUUGCUAACAUCAAGAAAGACUGUUUUUUGUAAUGUUUUCGUGGAAAUUUUGGUUUCUAACAUCAAGAAAUACACUUUUUUAUGUUUACGUGGAAAUGUUGGUUUCAUUAUAUAUAUUCAUUGGUUUUAUAUAUAUAUUUAUAUAUUUAUAUAUAUAUCUAAAUAUACCAACUUGUAAAACGAGACUACACGCGUUACCUCUUACCUAUGCCUAGACAUCGCGCGCAUAUUAUGGUAUGAAAGUUUUGGCAAUGAACAUUUGCUCAGGCUUAUUUUGGUCAUGAACACUGUUCAAGACAUUUAAAUAAUAAAUACUAUUCUCGUCUUCGCCAUAUUAUUGCUAGCAUAAAAAAAAUUGGCCAGAUAAAAUAGAAAGAAGGGUCGAAUAGAAAAAAAAUGGCCAGAUAAAAUAGAAAGAAGGGUCGAAUAGAAAAAUUGGCCAGAUAAAAUAGAAAGAAGGGUCGAAUAGAAAAAAUUGGCCAGAUAAAAUAGAAAGAAGGGUCGAAUAGAAAAAAUUGGCCAGAUAAAAUAGAAAGAAGGGUCGAAUAGAAAAAAUUGGCCAGAUAAAAUACAGCGAAGGGUCGAAUAGAAAAAAUUGGCCAGAUAAAAUAGAGCGAAGGGUCGAAUAGAAAAAAUUGGCCAGAUAAAAUAGAGCGAAGGGCCGAGUAGAAAAGGUUGGCCAGAUAAAAUAGAGCGAAGGGUCGAGUAGAAAAGGUUGGCCAGAUAAAAUAGAGCGAAGGGCCGAGUUGAAAAAGUACUUAAGUGUCAUUUAUAUAUAUUGCUCCUCUCCAACCCACCCCUAAUCUUUACCCUAGAUCCGCCACAGCAGACCGUUAGCCACUAUCCUGCUGUUGUUAAUGUCCCCUUGUGUCCAUCUGCCAGGGCCCAACACUACCGGGAGCUGGGCAACAGCCAGAUGUUGAUCAGUGUCAAGGACACCGGGAUGGUGCAUUGGGAGCCCGGCAUCAUCACUGAGACAAGCUGUGCAGUGAACAUCGGCAAAUAUCCAUUUGAUACUCAGAUAUGUGACAUACGGUUCCUGACAUGGAUGCACACCAACAAGUGAGUAACUUAUGGGGUGGGGACGGGUCAUGGGGUGGGGCGCGGGGGGGACCCGAGGCCCCCACCGAUGCAUUGGAGAAUAGCGAACGAAAUGAGGAGCUAUGUGUAUGUUCAGUAAGUGGCAACAUGCAUCCCUAUUUCUGAGUUUAUAAUAAUCAACAUACAAUAUUUAGCCAUCUGUCUGCAUACAAUAUUAUGUCUGUGUUAGUCAUGUGUUAAUAUACAUCAUUAUGUCUGUGUUAGCUAUGUGUUAACAUAAAAUGUGUUACCUUUGUCUCCAUAGAAAAAGUGUCCCAGUUAGCUACGUGUAAGCAUGCAAUGUGUCUGUGUAUCUGUGUGUCUGUGUGUUUGUGUUUCUCUGUGUGUCUAUGUGUGACGUGGAAUGAAAGUGGACAGAGAACAUGAUAAAAACACUUCGCGAGUGUAACAGAAACUGCGAGAACCCGAGAGAGAGAGAGAGAGAGAGAGAGGGAGGGAGAGAGAGGGAGGGAGAGGGAGGAAGGGAGAGAAUGAAGGACUAAAAAUAGACAAUGUUUUUGGGGGGGCAACAGAAGGGCGUUUCGUGACAUUGUCAUUUAUCUGUUUCAAGGGCGUAUGUGUAACUGUCAACUGGGGGUGUGUGUGAGUGGGCAAGCGUUGACCCGGGCUGCUUAGAUUAGUUUCCCAUUUUUUAAAAAAUAAAGAGAGAAAUAUUGUGAAAUAUAAUUGAGCUGUUCGAGUUGUUUCUGAGUUUGGCUUUGGCCGUGAGAGUAUGGACUGUGCACUUUUAUCCCGGCACUUUUAUGUGGCACCUUUGUUUGGCACUUUUAUCUAGGCACUUGUGUCUCAACACUUUUAUCCCAGCAAUUUUGUUUGGCACUUUUGUCACCGUACUGUUUUCUCGACACUAUUGUUUGGCACUUUUGUCACCGUACUGUUUUCUCGGCACUAUUGGUUGGCACUUUUGUCACCGUACUGUUUUCUCGGCACUAUUGGUUGGCACUUUUGUCACCGUACUGUUUUCUCGGCACUAUUGUUUGGUUGGCACUUUUGUCACCGUACUGUUUUCUCGGCACUAUUGGUUGGCACUUUUGUCACCGUACUGUUUUCUCGGCACUAUUGGUUGGCACUUUUGUCACCGUACUGUUUUCUCGGCACUAUUGUUUGGCACUUUUGUCACCGUACUGUUUUCUCGGCACUAUUGUUUGGCACUUUUGUCACCGCACUGUUUUCUCGGCACUAUUGGUUGGCACUUUUGUCUUGAAAUUUAGUUUGGAACUUUCAUCUCAUCACUUUUGUCUCGCCACUUUUGCCUGGGUACUUUUGUCUCGGUACUUUUAUCUCGGUACUAUUGCCUUGGUACUUUACCCAAAACACAAUUUGUUUCAGAAGAGAAACAAACAAAUAACAUAUGUUAACAAAAAGAUCGAAGGAAUUCUUCGUGCGCCAACUUACAGAAUCUUUGAAAGGGAUGUAAUUAUUCUAUAACAUGUGUAGGCGUGAACAGUUGUAAACGUGAACAGUUGUAAAAGUGAACAGUUGUAAAAGUGAACAACUGUAAAUGUGAACAGUUAUAAAAGUGAAAAGUUGUAAAUGUGAAUAGUUGAUGUUUGAUGUGUUUGCUUUCAUCUUCUGAAACUGACCACUAAAUUUGUGUGAUUAUUUUCACCGUGUCCAACAUUUCUGUUUCGGGAUUUUCAUGCUAGAAACUAGGAUUGUUCGAAAUGUUCAUGAUGCCUACCUGUACCAUUCGGAAAGUUCAUGAUGAGUACCUGAACCAUUCAGAAAGUUCAUUAUGCCUACCUGAACCAUUCGGAAAGCUCAUGAUGAGUACUUGAACCAUUCGGAAAGUUCAUGAUGAGGACUUGAACCAUUCGGAAAGUUCAUGAUGAGUACUUGAACCAUUCGGAAAGUUCAUUAUGCCUACCUGAACCAUUCGGAAAGUUCAUGAUGAGUACUUGAACCAUUCGGAAAGUUCAUUAUGCCUACCUGAACCAUUCGGAAAGUUCAUGAUGAGUACUUGAACCAUUCGGAAAGUUCAUGAUAAGUACUUGAACCAUUCGGAAAGUUCAUAAUGAGCACUUGAACCAUUCGGAAAGUUCAUGAUGAGUACUUGAACCAUUCGGAAAAUUCAUGAUGAGUACUUGAACCAUUCGGAAAGUUUAUGAUGAGUACUUGAACCAUUCGGAAAGUUCAUGAUGAGUACUUGACUUGAACCAUUCGGAAAGUUCAUGAUGAGUACUUGAACCAUUCGGAAUGUUCCUGAUUAGUACUUUAACUUCUUGGAAUGGUCAUGACGUCCCAUUGAACCACUACUCGAGAUGUUCAUAAUAUCCGCAAUACUCGAGAUUUUCAUAAUGUCCCCACUACUCGAGAUGUUCAUAAUGUCCCCACUACUCGAGAUGUUCAUAAUGUCCCCACUACUCGAGAUUUUCAUAAUGUCCCCACUACUCGAGAUGUUCAUAAUGUCCCCACUACUCGAGAUGUUCAUAAUGUCCCCACUACUCGAGAUGUUCAUAAUUUCCCCACUACUCGAGAUGUUCAUAAUGUCCCCACUACUCGAGAUGUUCAUAAUGUCCCCACUACUCGAGAUGUUUAUAAUGUCCCCACUACUAGAUAUGCUCCUGAUGUCCCAUUGAACACACCAUAUCUUGCGCCAACUUACCAAACACCUUUAGUGCUGACAUGUGGUUUAAAACCAGUGAAACAACGUUGAGCCAACGUGUCUCCCAGGAUCCCAAUGGACUACACGGAAUGAAGAUGGAAAUAAAUGGCUUAAAUUACCGUCUGCUGUGAGCUUGGCGAGGUUCUCAUGUCUGGGUUAUGAGAAUGGUUGGGUUUGUCCCGUUGUCCAACGUACAGUUUUUAAAUUUGUUCUUGCUUUUCACGGUUUUAAUCACCGCAUUGCUGCUUGUAGAAUUUCUCAGAAUAAAAUGACAGCCAAUAUCAAUGGUCAGCCAAGACCACUGAACAGCCGAGAUCACUAGUCGGCCAACAUAACUGGUCAGCCAAGACCACUGGUCAGCCAAGAUCACUCUUCAGCCAAGACAACUGGUCAUCCAUAACCACUGGUCAGCCAAGACCACUAGUUAGCAAAAAUCACUGGUCAGCCAAGAUCACUGGUCAGCUAUGACCACUGGUCAGCCAGAAUCACUGGUCAGCCAAGAGGUUGCGUCUUAAUUGAAAAGAAAAUAGAUGUAAAAUUGUUUCGGCACUAAGCCUUUGGCAGUUAAGCACAAAUAACAUGAAUUGGAAUGUAACACAGUGCAAUGCAAUGUUACACAAUGCUAAGCCUACCUACUGAGUCAAGUAUACAAUGUUGUUUACAGUUACCUUUAGCUCUUUAAAAUCAACACAAAUAUAAAUCUGUCAUUCAAUGGCUCCAUUAGAUGUCAUACUGCUAUUCAGAUACUUUGAUGGUCAGUUUUGGUCAAUUAACCGAAAUGGCAACUUAUCAAUUACUAAAUUUAUUUAUUUUUUUUACUUUGUCUUUUCAAUUUUAAGUGACUCCCAACCUCCCCAUCCCCCCAACCACUCCCCCCCACCUCCAGCAACCCCAGGGGCCCAAAAAAAUUCCGAUGUUGGGUAACAUUGUACAGCAAUCACGUGAUAAUGACUCCAGUUUAACGGCCCAAACUGUUUCUCCACUAGAACUUUGACCGUUGGCCCAGAGCGAGAUCAGAUCAACUUGGACGCGUUACUUCCCAAUGGAGAGUGGGACAUAACACAGACAGAGGCCAAUGUGUACAGGUACCCGUCCACGUACAGGUAAGUUCGUAGCUUCUUACAUACAUUGUAGUGAACAGAUGGAGAGAUUCAUGCACAAAGAUGUUCUGGUGAACAUCAAACCUAGAUUAUAGAAUUAAAUUAAUUAGACACCAACAAUUUGUGUCAAUAUAACAAUACUAGAAUAAAUGACCCGAUAUUAUCGGGAUAAUAAUGAUAGGUCCUUUGCGUAAAUUUCUACGUGCUAUUGCAAUAAAUUAUCACAAUUCAUAACUUUAAACAUAUAAUGCUAUUUACAUUUCUAAUAUCAUUAAGUUUUGAGAAGUAUUUAUCCGCUAUAUAAUAUAAGCCUACCUUACUCCCUUUCACUCUCCUAAACUACUUUUUCCCCUCUUAACAUGACCUUAAAAUACCCAGUCUAACGUAUCACUACUUAUAUCACUUUUGUCACGAAAGGAGUUAAUUAAGGGACAAUUACUACGUCAGAGAAAUACUUUAGUUUAACCCCUUUUCGUGAGCUUGGAUUACAACUUAUUCUUUCUGUAUCAAUUUUUUUCUGUAUUAAAUUUUUUUUGUAUCAAAUUGUUUCCUUUUUUUAAAAAAUGGUUCUGUAUCAAAUUUUUUCUGUAUCAAAUUGUUUCUGUUUCAAAUUGUUUCCGUAUCAAAUUGUUUCUGUAGCAAAUUGUUCCUGUAUCAAAAUGUUUUCGUAUUUAAUUUUUCAUAUCAAUAUGUUUCUGUAUCAAAUUGUGUCUGUAUCAAAUUUGUUUCUGUAUCAAAUUUGUUUCUGUAUCAAAUUGUUUCUGUAUCAAAUUGUUUCCGUAUCAAAUUGUUUCUAUAUCAAAUUGUUCCUGUAUCAAUUUUUUUUCGUAUCAAAUUUGUCCAUAUCAAAUUGUUUCUGGAUCAAUUUUUUGUUUGCUGUAUCAAAUUGUUUCUGUAUCAAACUGUUUCCGUAUCAAACUGUUUCCCCUGGCACAUUCUCCCCAGAAACAACACUGACCACACUGGUGUGACGUUCCGUGUCCAUCUCCGCCGGAAGCGUUUCUUCUACGUCCUAAACACCAUCAUCCCGGUGGUCAUGCUGUCCUGCCUCAACGUGCUGGUCUUCAUCCUGCCCUCGGACUGUGGGGAGAGGAUGGCCCUGGCCGUCACGGUGCUGCUCGCCUUCACGGUCUACCUGGGCAUCAUCAGCGACAACAUCCCCAAGACAUCCGAGAGCUUGUCCUUGUUAGGUAAGCAAUGA